AUGUGUGGUAUACAAGCUGACAGUCACUGCCCUUGUCGCGCUCUUCCCCAUCCUCCUUUCCCCCUUUUCCCCCAUCCCCCCUUUUCACCCAUCCCCCCUUUUCCCCCAUCCCCCCUUUUCCCCCAUCCCCCCUUUUCACCCACCCCCCAUUCGCAGCACCUGUGGCAGCAGCGCGUGUGUGGCAUACAAGCUGACAGCCACUGCCCCACGUGUGGCAGCAGCGCAUGUGUGGCAUACAAGCUGACCGCCACAACACCGAAGGACACGCCGCCCUCGCAGCUCUCCCUCCUCUCCGCCACCAAUAACAGCACCACCACGGGGGGCGGUGCAGCCUCCCCAUGCGCGCAGGGCACGUGUCCGUUCCCCCUACUCCCAGACGCCAUCACAUGGAGAAAACCUGCUGCCGCCACCCCCACUCUCUGGGAAGCCGUAGGGCACUUCAUCCUGCCCCUUUCUGCUUCCACCGCUGCUGCUGCCGCUGCUGCUGCCACCACCGCUGCUGCUGCUGGCACGGCCUCUCUCUCGGCCGCCUUCCCUGCUGCUGCUAUGACUGCUGCAACUGCUGCUUUUGGUGCUGCGUCUGGUGCUGCUGGUGGUGCCUUGGCGUGUGAUGCUGGUGCUGAAGCCUGCAGUGCACCGCUUGCAGACGGGUCGUUGCUUCAGGCGCCCCAAAGUCCUUCCUCCUCUCCUCCUCCCAUCUCCGCUCCCCCAUCCACCUCCCCUCCCCUGCCUCCCUCCUCCCCACCUCCCUCCACCCCUCCUACUUCCACCCCUCCUCCCUCCACCCCUCCUCCGUCCUCCCCUCCUCUCGAUCCGAGCCCAGCAUCACUGGCAGCAGCACUGGCGUCCCUUCGCACUGGGGGGGAGAACGGAGGUUGUGUGGGGGGAGGGGCGAGUGGGGGUGGGGGAACUGGGUCAGGCGGGAGUGCCGCGCAAUCCUGGCCGUUGAUCGCGAUGGAGUAUGACGAGAUGCCGAGCAGUCCAGGUGGCGCGCAGGGAUUGGCUGUUGGGGAGUUUGCCAAGAGCACGAUCGCUGCAUUCGACCGAGCAUCAGCCCCGCUGCCAGCACUGACAUCCCCCCAAUUCACCAUCAACCUCACAGACCCCAUGCCGGGUGGCGGCCACAUCCGGGUCGAUAGCCUUACGGCCAGCUUUGUCCGCAUCUCCUAUACAAUCAUCCUCGUUGCACCGGAUAACAGCCCCCAGUCUGCUGCUCUGCUGCUCUCUGCUUCUGGAGGAGGCAGGAAACUGAACAGCGUGAUCAUGAGCAGCAACAGCGCCAAUGGGAAUGGCAAUGGUGACCUCGAUAGGUGCACUAAGCACAAGUACGGCAACAUUGCUCUGGAUGAGUAG